GAUCAGUCCCAGGUUCUGAUCCAAAAGCAGUGAAAAUCCGUCGUCAUGUUUAGGCUGAUGCUUAUUUCCAUGCUGGCGGGCAUCGCCACGGUGCAAUGUGGAACCAUCGUCGCGCCUGUCGUGGGCAAGCUCGUUUCCGAAAAGGUCGUCGAGUCCCACGGCAACAACGUGGUGCACGCAUCGGCAUCGCCCAUCCUGCUGAGAUACGCAACGGACGUGGCAGUCGUACAAGAACCGGUCGCCGAGAUCGCGCAGCCGUUGGCGAAGGCGUCUCUGGUCGCCGAGAAGACGGUCGAGGCCCACGGACACCACAUAAUCCACAACGCGCAUCCGCUGGUCGCAGUCGCAGCGAAACCCCUGGCAGCCCUCGAAUCGCACAUCGCGAUACCCGCGAUCGCUGCUCGCGGAUUAGCGGCGCCUACUCUCUAUUACUCGACGUUUCCUCAUCAGCUGAUCGCCGAGAAGACGGUAUCCAGUUAUGGACAUAGCAUUCAACACGUCGCAUAAUCCAUCCAAAGCGUCAAAGAUCGGUAAUUCUAAAGAGCGCGCGAUUAAAUUUAUAUAUGGCACCUUUUUCUUAGAGUUCUUUUAAUAUAUUUAUUAUGAUAGAAAUUUAUUGAAACAAAUAUUUACGAUUUGAUUUGAAAAUAUUUUAUUGAAAAGUGGAUAUUAAAUUAUAUUUUUUAUUAUUUGUUAUUAAUGGGGAAAAUAGAAAUAAGCUCUAUAAAUUUAAAGCAUGAUUUGUCAGUUCUUUUGUCGCGCUCUUUAGAAAAGGAUCAUAGCUUUAGCAUCAGCCUUUGACAUUCAAAAAAAUCAAAAAAUCAGUAUCUGGAAAAUCAUUUUCCUGGUGAGAUUAUUCUCGCAAAUUAUUUUUAAAAA